UGGUGAUUGUUCGCGGGUGCUUUUCUGACAGACGCGAGUUGACAGUGGUCAGUUAUUGUUCAGUUUUUUUUUAAAAACGCCUCUACUUUUUGCUGGUAAUUUUUUUUCCUGCCCAAAAUCUGAAAAAUCCUGGCUCGAAAAAAAAAAACCAAGGCUGUCCUAGUUAGAAAAAGACUACGUACACUAAAAAGUUCGAUAUUUAGAUCAACUUGAAGUAGCACGCGAUUAAGGAUCAAUUGUUACAAGUGAAUCGCCCUAGUUUAGCAGCUUGUUAUUAUUAAAUAAAUAAAUAAUAAAGUAGUAAUAGUAAAUUUGACUAAUGAGAGUCGAUUGCACAAAAAAAGAGACCAGACGGGUCUUGGGAAUUUCGAAGCGACGAGGGUCCACUGAUGUAACUGUUAAAUGUCCUCGAGUUUAUUCCGGGCGUGACAUUGUUAAUAAACAACUAAACUUUAACAAAAGUAAAAAAACUCGAGGAAGAAUAAUUAUUUUUAUCGAGAGAGAAGUUUAUUGAAUUUUUUGGUAACUGCGCCUGGAGGCGCCUAAAAUGGGCCCCACCAGCAGCAGAGAGGACCAGUAUGAGGAGCCAGUUGGAGAUGACGAAGGCCUACAGAUCAAUCCCCGCCCUAUAUCUACCGCUACUGAGAGUGAAUACUCAGUGGAGGAGCAAACGAGACUGACGGGAGUGGAUACCGGUGGAGAUGAAGCUUCGCCAGAUGAUGAUGCCUCUCUGUGCGAAUACCAUGACAUUCCGCCUCCUCCUGACGGGGGCUAUGGCUGGGUGGUGGUUUUCGCUUCUUUCAUGUGUAACAUGAUAGUUGAUGGCAUCGCGUAUACGUUUGGAAUAUUUUUUGAACAAUUUGUGAUCCAUUUUGGAGAGAGCAAAGGAAAGACUGCGUGGGUCGGCUCUUUGUUGUCUGGGAUGUACCUCAGUGCUGGUCCAGUUGUUAGUGCAUUGACAAAUAGAUAUGGAUGCAGAGCAGUGUGUAUGGCAGGAAGUUUUAUCGCUGCAACCGCAUUUGUAUUAUCCACAUUUGUUUCUUCUGUAAAUAUGCUUAUGUUAGUUUACGGCGUUAUGGGAGGGAUAGGUUUCGGACUGAUCUAUUUACCAGCAGUGGUCUGCGUGGGUUACUACUUUGAAACCAAAAGAUCAUUAGCGACAGGCAUAGCAGUCUGCGGUUCCGGUUUCGGGACAUUUGCUUUUGCGCCUCUGGCUAAUUUUCUAAUUGACUCGUACAGCUGGAAGGGUGCUCACUUAAUUUUAGCCGGGCUGAUCCUCAACUGCGCGGUGUUCGGCGCUCUUAUGCGCCCUCUGGAGUACCAGAAGCCUCCGUCGGUGAAGCCACUGCUCCAGCGAAUGGCAGAAGAGAAGCGGUUCCAAAUGGAACGCGGUUCCAUAGGCGGUUCCUACUUCAUGGUUCAGCUGCCAGACGGUUCCAUGGAAAAGCGGAUGAAAAUGCCGAUUAAUAUCGACCCUGGUGUACAUUCAAGCUUCAAUCUCGACCAGCUCGUACCUGGUUACUACAAUUCAGGAACACCGUUAACACCAGUACCGACUGUUCCAACCUUACCGACAAUUUCCGAGGUUAAGGUCCAGGAACACUCCAGUGGCGCCACUAGCAAGAGUGGCAGCCUAGAUCUCAAAAACCCAAUAAUUAAGUCCAAGAGUAAAAAGUCUAUAGAUGAAACAGCUAAUACCAAAGAUUCUGUAAUAUCGGUGGACAAAACAGACAAAACAGACAAGCCAGAGACGGAAUUCAACAAACCGAUCAUACCGCGGAACGCUUCCCAGCCGGCGUUUACUACUCACGUUCAGGGACUUCCCAAAAACGGCUCGGUGCCAUUUUUCGAUCGGAUCCGUAAGACUAGCACUGGGGAACGCUACAAGCCCAGUUUGAGUGCCAUUAAGAACUCCAGGAAUACUUUGAAUAGUAAUGGAGAUAUCAGGAAAAGCUUGCAUUUAAGAUUGUCUGCUAGCAGCAUGUUGGGAUCCAGGAACAACAAUAUGGAGGCUGAUGAUGGCGAGAGUAUAACCUUCACAACCAGUAAAUCUAGUAUCAAUAAAUCUAGUAAGCCAAAACCCGCAAUAAUUCGUCCUCUAUCACGUAAGGAUAUUUUCUACAGCGGUAGUAUAGUCAAUUUACCCGAGUACCAGAGUCAAAAAUCAAUAGCUAAUUACCGUCAGUCCGUUAUUUCACUUCCCAAAUCCGUCCGCGGUGACGCGCGUGACGGCGACAUGGAAAAAGGUCCCGAACAGUCACUAUGCCCGUGUCUUGAAUUACCAGAAUCAUUUAAAGAGGCCUUAGGAACAAUGUUAGAUAUGUCACUGUUAAGAAAUCCUGUAUUUUUAUUAAUCGGAAUAAGUAAUGUGUUCGGUAUGGCUGGUUUAUAUGUACCAUUUUUUUAUUUGGUUGAUUCAGCGAUUAAAGAUGGAGUCGAUCACCAACAAGCGCCAUUUUUAUUAUCGAUUAUCGGUAUUACAAAUACCGUGGGACGUGUAAUUUGUGGGUUUGUUGCCGAUUUUCCACAAGUUAAUUCGUUAUUGUUGAACAAUAUUUGCCUGUUAGUGUCAACAUUGUCAGUAGCAAUGACGCCAUUUUGUGAAUCUUAUACUUCGUAUAUAAUAAUGGCGACAUUUUUUGGUACUGCUAUAUCUGGUUACAUUUCGCUGACGUCAAUUAUCCUGGUGGACUUACUAGGGUUAGAUAAAUUAACCAAUGCAUUUGGGUUAUUAAUAUUGUUCCGUGGCGCUGCGGCGAUUAUGGGUGCUCCAAUAGCUGGAAGCGUUUAUGACGCCACUGGAAGUUAUAGUAUUCCAUUUUUCAUGGCAGCUUUCUUCUUUCUUAUUAGUACUGUCACUAGUUUUAUGGCGCCAGCUCUUAAGCGUUGCACUACGCCACAGGCCCCGCCAGUGGUAAUGGACGCCCUAACUCCAAUAGAUGAAGACAUAGAAGAAGAAAAUGAAGACGACAUACCAGAAAUAAUAGAAACAGCGCCUUCCCCAUCGGACCCGCCUGAAAAAGAAAUAAAGCAAAUAGAGUCAGUUUUAUAAACAAUUUAUUUAUCAAAAGCCCUUAUAAUAAUAUUUUCUAAAUACUUAAUUAACUAAUCAAAAAUAGCACAAUAUUAUUUCUUUGCUCAUUACUUAAUUAGCGAGUUAAAAUUAUAAUUGUAAAACAAUCAGUAUCAAUCAGCAGUAUAUUUAAAAUUGAAAAAUUAACAUGAUGCGCUUAUGCAAUUGCAUAUCGUUGAUUUAAUUGUACUUAGAGUAAUGAAAAAAAAAAAAAAAAAA